GUACAGUGAAUUCAAUCCAAAAGUAAAAUACAAUACAAACGUUGUUUGUUCUUUCAGAAAAAUAUGGACUUAUUUGUAUGCAACAACUGUUUCACCACACCACAUAGGGGAAAAAAACCAUUUUGUUUGACUCAGUGUGGUCACAUAUACUGUAAUGGAUGCAUACGACAAGCUGAGAAACAAUGUCCACAAUGCCAACAGAUUGAUAUUUUUUCUGUGGAAUUGCAACAACCAUCAUUGUCGAAAGUAGAGAAUUUUUUUGUUCCGUUGAACGAAUCGUUGGAAUUGUUACAAAAAACAUCUGGUUUUCAAAAUAAUCAGAUAAAAAUUACGAUAGAACGCUUUCACGAAAUCGAUAAAAAGUAUGAAAUGUUGAAAUCCCAUUAUUAUAAUUUGACUCAAAACAUGAAAGCAAUUAAAGACAAAUACAUUAAGCUGAAAAUGGAGAAUAUCGAACAAAAAAAGAAACUGAUGUCUUUCGAGAUUCAAAAUUCGAGAUUCAAGACUUUAAACUCUUUCAGCGAUACAUCUACACCAAAAUCUAGCAACCAAAGAAGGUUGAGAACAAGACCUACAUCAAAUUCAUACAUUUCGUCGUGUGGAACGAACGCAUCGAAUAAAUCGUUUAAUACAACAAAGGGAAAGGCGAUGCUCGAAAGUUUUCGUAUCCCUUUCGAUCCUCGCACAAUACGAUCAAUUGAUUCUCGUGGAACUUCAAACGCUACAAAUUCUACUUAUCUUUAAAUUCUCAACAAGAUUAUCAAUGAUUAAUCAAAUAUUUUUAAUUUAUCUAUUUUCGCAAUAAAAACAACU